CCAGCCAGAGGAUUAACCGUUCUUCGCUCGGUUACAGAGCAUGCCAAAGUUACUCUUAGUGUUCCAUACCAGAACUACACACCGAAGGUGUGCCUGGAUCUUUGAGAAAAUAAAAGACCGUAGUUUGGGUCGUAUCACGUGGUGCGGACCCUUGCGCGUUUCGCUCGUCGUUAUACUUCGUGAGUGUUGGAAAUUUUGUGGCUCUUACAUCAAGCUUAACCCCCAGCCCACCUCUCUUGGUAUACACACCAUCCAUGGGCUUAAUCAUCAACAAACGAAACAACUUUACAGCCACGCACAAAAAGAGUCUCAGCAAGCUCACCACGACGGACAGCAAUCAUCGCACAAAGUGGAACGACGUCACCACCGAGCUCUUUCUCUCUCUUAUCAUCAAGCACAAGCUCAUUCAGGAAGUUUCCCCGUUGAAACGUGGAGAAAAAUGGACGUUGGUCUUGGCUGAUUUUGCGCUGGUUGUGACCCACAAACUUCCAUAUGAACCAUUUCCGCUAUCCAAGCAGACGGCUGCGUCACGCUUGGAGCGCUUGCUCUGGAUGUUGCCUCCGCUUGAGCGCGCCCGCGACCCGCCACGUUACUUCCGGUGCUUGCAGAUGGUUGCGGGCUUGCACAAAAGAGUGGGUGCGUAUAAGGUGUUUGUCAAGGGCUAUAAAGGUACCGAGGUGCCGUCGUUCCAGAGCUGGCUGGAUGGAGCGUCUCCGCGGUACAAGGUGCCAUUGCAGGGCACCUUCCGCGUACCAAAGAAUCUGCCAAUGGGAAAGGUACGAAUUACGCGAGCAGCUUUCAUGAAAUAAGAACUAUAGAGAGGGAUAAUCCUUAGAUCCAACAAAGGUCAGGGAGAUGCUGAAUUACAGGCUAUGGAAUUAACAGAGCGUAAAGGAUCUACUGUGGUACCUGAUUGAUCGUCCCAACCGUACCUUGGUACAUUUUCCGACGGAUACCGUUUAAGGAAUUUAGUCGGGUAAAAAUAGGUCGUUGAUCUAUAUUUUUUUAUGGACACUGCGGACUUCGCUGCUAAAACGCCAGUCAAGUUUGUUACCCGUUGGACCAGCGAUGUAUAAGCUCCAUGGGAGAAUUCUCUGUGUAUUGGAGUGACCUGUUUCUAGAGAGGGCUAUAAGGCUCUUCGUAGACAUUUUGCGGAGUUUAGGAUUUGCUGUGCUUGUCCUGGAAGCACCAUCCAUACGGCUAGAAUCAUUUUGAACUAGACAGGUU